AUGGCAAUCGUUCCAGCAAUCCCGACAAGCACACCUUUGCACAUCAGCACAAGCAACACUCAAGCAGAUGAAACAACCGCCGAUACUGAAGUGAGUGAUGAAACUGAUGACGAAGCACAAGGGGAUGAAGAAGAUGGGCAAUCAGAAAUCAUGUGCAUGGGUGGACUUGCUCCGAUGAACAUAAUAACAGACCAGGAUUUUAGCAUGCGUGCAGGCAUAGAGGAGGUCUUUCUGUUGGCAGUGCACAGACACUGCAGGUGGCAUAUUAUUAAGAAGGCUGAGGAGACGCUAGGACCAUUCUUUGCUGACCGUCCAGAGCUGCACAAGGCAUUCGAGUUGUGUGUGGACCACAGCUUGAUGGUGGAGGAGUUUGAACGGAGCUGGACAUCUAUGAUUGAAACAUAUCAAGUCCAAGACAACGAGACGCUUACUAGCCUGUGGGAGAAGCGAAUGUACUGGGUGUCGGCCUACUUCAUGCAGUGCUUCUUCCCAUUUCUGCAGACUACGCAGCGCAGCGAGGGGUUCAAUGCUGCUCUGAAGCGGUACAUGAGCCUUGGCAACUCAUUGCUGCAGUUUGCCAAGCAAUACACAGCUUUGCAACAGAAAAUACUGGGAUGUGAGCUACAGCAAGAAGCAAACACCACGCUCAAGCAACCUAAAUUGCUAACAUAUUUACCGAUGGAGAGGCAGAUGAGCAAGACAUAUACCAACAAGAUUUUUAACAAGUAA